AUGUCUGCCAAAGGCAUAGAGACGGCAACGACUAUGAAGGAGUCUGUCGAGGAUGACUACGUUCUCUCUCACCGUGAGAAACAAAUAAUGCGGCGCAUCGAUUUACGUCUUGUUCUUGGGGCAGCUUUAGGUUACUCAGUCAAUCUGAUGGAUCGAGGCAAUGUCGGAAUGGCGGCUAUCGCAGGAAUGUUGAAAGAUCUGGAUUUUGUCGGCUAUCGAUAUUCCCUGGUGGUUCUAAUGUUCUUUGUCACCUACGGUAUGGGGUUCGCCAAAACUUGGAGUCAGGUUCUGGCCAUCCGUAUACUCCUGGGAGUUUUUGCGGCCGGGUAUUUCCCGGGAUGCAUGUAUUUGCUCUCUUGCUGGUACCUUCGCUACGAGGUGCAGAAGCGAUUUUCAGUAUUCUACGGCGUGGGCUGUGUAGCGUCAGCCUUGGCAGGUAUUCUAGCAUUUGGGCUGAUUCACAUGGAUGGCAUUCAGGGAAUCUCAGGUUGGCGAUGGAUCUUCAUCAUGGAGGGAGUGAUAACGGUCGGCCUGGGCGUUCUCUGUUAUGUUCUCAUUGUUGAUUUUCCGGACAAAGCAUCGAGAAGUUGGAAAUUUCUCACUGAGGAGGAAUGUGAUUUCGUCAUACGCCGCAUUGAUCGUGAUCGGUUGGAUGCUGAGCCAGAGGCAUUUACGCUUCGACGCUUCCUGAAACCAGCGCUUGAUAUUAAAAUCUGGGGAUAUGCAGUCCUGUUCGGCUGCCUUACAAUAAACACGUACGCCAUGGCGUACUUCCUUCCGAUCAUCCUGUCCGAGGGCAUGGGAUUUGGGGUAGGAGCAUCUCAAUGUCUCUCUGCACCGCCAUGGGUAUUUGCUGCUUUGCUCAUGUUUGCCGCAGCUUGGGUUGGAGACAAAAUCCAAAGACGCGUUCCCGUAUUACUUUUCAAUGUCUGUCUCUCACUUAUUGGACUUCCAAUGAUGGGAUUCUUGAAGAACAACGCGGCCCGCUAUGUCGGGGUAUUCUUGACUGUCGCAGGAGCAAACGCAAAUGUGCCUGCGUGCAUGGCAUGGCAAGCCAAUAAUAUUCGAGGCCAGUGGACACGUGCAUUCUCCAGUGCUACUCUGAUUGCGUUCGACGGAAUCGGCGGCAUCAUCGCCAGCUUGGUUUUCGAGAAAGAUGCACCCCGAUACCGACCUGGCGUAUACACUGCGCUCGGAGCAAAUAUUGUAUUUCUCCUCACCGUCGUGUCUCUGGCAUUUUGGUACCGGCGUUGCAACAAGAAAGCAGAUCGCGGCGAACUUAUAAUUGCUGGGAUUGAAGGAUUCCGUUAUACUAUUUGA